AUGCUUUCGCUUUCACGAGUAUUGGGUCAAAGAGUGUCCGUACACGCUUCCAGGUCACGCCAGUUAUCUUAUUCACAUACGAGAUUGUUCAUAGGUAAUUUUUUCGGCAAAAAGGAAGUCAAGCAACGAGAAGAAAUCAUCAAAAAUCAAGACGAUUAUGAGGUAGAUCCUGAGACCAAAAUCGUAAUUUUGAAGGAAGAAAACUCACCAGAUUAUAAACCAUUCAACCCAGAAGAAGACAUGCCCGACUUUGUCAUUGAGCAGUGGAAACAUCAAGUGGUCAAGCCCCGGGACAUUGAGGCCACUUACGACACCACCAACUUGAUACAGACCAUUAGCCAAACGUAUGAAGAAACAUUUCAAUCUCCAAUCACACAAGAGGAGUUCCAUAAUGCUAGCUUGUCUGACUUGGAAGCUAGGUUCAAAUUCGCCAAGUCGUUGCAACAAAACUUGGGAUUUGAUAUUAGUGAUUACACUCUCUCCAAGUCUCACACCGUCGGGGAGCUUUUUAAUGCUCUUGAAAAGGUCAUAAAUACCAGAUGGACGAACGAGAGAAACCCCAACGCAAUAGUGCUUCGUCCUGAAGACUUUUCGGCUCCAAAUGUGUACUUGAAUCAACAGCCAUCUGAGAGGGCACAAAAGGCAACUUACGAUAGAAUCGCUGAAGAAGCCAGAAACGCUUCGAUUUGA